AUGGGACUUUCUACUUCAGAAAGCUAUUCAUAUAAUGCUAGAGAUGUAAUUUUUAUUGAAAUUGUACAUAAUGAUAAAACACGAAAACCUGAUAUAUUUCAUCCAGUAUAUACAUAUCCAAUAUUUGGAGAAGAAGAGAAGAUCAAAGGAUAUAAAGAUAUAAUAAUAAAUUUGAAAUUUUCUUGUCAUGAUUUACAAAUAUAUCUAAAAAUUCAAUAUACAGACAAAGUCAAUGAAAAAAAGAAAAUGUCAUGUGAAAAUGUAGAAGAAUUAUUUCAGGUGUUCCUUCCAAAAAGUACAUUUUUAUUUUUCUAUAUAUUUGAUUCUCAUUUAAAUGAUAUUCAUCUUUUUGUUCCUCCUGGGGAUAAAAUAUCUUCUUAUGAAGUAAAUGACUCUGUUUUCGAAAUUUUUAUGAGUUCAAUAAUUGAUCCAAAUGUUAAAAAAAUCAUUGAUAAUUUGCAAAUUUUUUCACUUUUUUUUAUAGAAGGAGCAUCUUAUAUCGAUAUUGAGGAUUUUAAAUGGAAUAUUUUUUUAUUAUAUGAAAAACGAAGAUUAGUAAAUAGUAGUGGUUAUUACCAUUUUAUUGGGUAUUCUACUGUAUAUUCAUAUUAUUGGUAUUCAAGAGAAUCUUUUGAUAAUAUUCGUACACGGAUAGCACAAUUUAUUAUUCUUCCACCAUUUCAAAAACAAGGACAUGGGGGGAAAUUUUAUGAUGCAUUGUAUAUAUAUUUUUUAUCAGAUCCUAAAGUCCAAGAAAUUACAGUUGAAGAUCCUUCAGAAGAAUUUGAGUAUUUACGAGACAAACAAGAUAUUAUUCGACUUAAAUCAUAUGGAAUAUUUGAUAGCAAAGAAUUUAAGGCACCUAUUCAGUAUUCUUGGAUUUUAGAAACACAAAAAAAAUAUAAAAUUUCGCUGAAUCAAUUUUUUAGAUGUAUGGAAAUAAUUCUUCUUGAAAGAUUAAAUAUGAAAAAUGAAAAAGAUUAUAAAGAUUAUCGCCUUCAAGUUAAGCAAAGAAUCUAUAAAAAAAACUUUGAAAAUCUUAAUCAAUAUAAUAAAGGAGAAAUUUUGAGAAAAUUAGAAGAAACAUAUAAAUCUAUUGAAAACGACUAUUUUCGUGUUCUUAAAUCUAUGAAAGUUCAUAGAUACGAACAAAAUGACUCUGAACUGGAAAAUAAAAAAAUAUAUGUUUAA